UCAGAGAGAGGUGUGCUUAAUGCAGACAGAGAGGAGGAGGAGAGAGGAAGGUUAUUUAUGCCUCAGCAGGUCUGGAGGUAUGGAUCUUACAGCGAUGGCUUUCUACAAAGUGAUGUGUUUGGCUGCUGGGCUGAUGCUCCUGACCCAAGAGUCUGAGUCACAGCUGGAUGUUUGUGGUCAGCCAAAGCUCAACACCAGGAUUGUAGGAGGACAGGUGGCCCCUGUUGGCAGCUGGCCCUGGCAGGUCAGUCUGCAAACAUCUGGGUUCCACUUCUGUGGAGGAUCCCUCAUUAACAGUCAGUGGGUGCUGACUGCUGCUCACUGCUUUCAAACCAGUACUGUAAAUGGUCUGACUGUGAAUCUGGGCCUUCAGAGUCUAGAGGGAUCUAAUCCCAAUGCAGAGUCUCGGACAGUAACACAGAUCAUCAACCAUCCAAACUACAACUCUGUUACCAACAACAACGACAUCUGCCUCCUGCAGCUCUCCUCUCCGGUGACUUUCACCAGCUACAUUUCUCCCGUCUGCCUGGCAGCUUCAGACAGCACCUUCUACAGCGGUGUUAACAGCUGGGUCACCGGCUGGGGCAAUAUAGGAAGUGGAGUGUCGCUUCCUUCUCCAAAAAACCUGAUGGAGGUGGAGGUUCCUGUUGUAGGAAACAGGAAGUGUAACUGUAACUAUGGAGUGGGAGAAAUCACUGACAACAUGAUCUGUGCCGGGUUAAGUGCAGGAGGAAAGGACUCCUGUCAGGGGGAUUCAGGAGGUCCAAUGGUGAUCAAGCAGAGCGGUCGCUGGAUUCAGGCGGGAGUCGUCAGUUUUGGGAAUGGUUGUGCCAGGCCGAAUUUUCCAGGAGUCUACGCCAGAGUAUCCCAGUACCAGACCUGGAUCAACAGCCAGAUCUCCUCCAACCAGCCGGGCUUCAUGAUGUUCACGUCCACUGGGACCAACAGUGACCUCAGUGUCACCUGCACAGGACUGCCACCAGUGCCAACCACCACCCCUACUACCACCACCAGCAAACCGGUGUUCUGUGGACAAGCUCCGAAGAAUUCUGGCAUUUUGGGAGGAACCUCAAUGGCGACAGCCGGCUCGUGGCCGUGGAUGGCGAGCCUGCAGAAGAACGGAAGUCAUGUGUGCGGUGGGACUCUGGUGGCCUUGGACUCAGUGCUGAGCAACGCCAACUGUUUCUCAAGCUCUCCUGUAGCGUCCGAGUGGACUGUCGUGUUGGGGCGUCUGAAGCUAAAUGGAUCCAACCCCUUUGAGGUGACGCUGAAUGUGACAAAUAUCACUCUGAGCAACACGACCGGGACCAACAUAGCCAUCCUCCGUCUAUCUGCCCAGCCCACCCUGACCGACUACAUCCAGCCCAUCUGCUUGGACAACGGGAGAACCUUCGCCGAGGGCUUGGCGUGCUGGGCGGCCGGUUGGAGUCCUGGAAGAGGAGGAGCUGAGGAAGUUAUGCAGCAGUUUAACACCUCGGUGGUAAACUGUGGGAACUCAUCAUCCAGUGAGAGCAUCUGUACAGACGUGUUUGCACUGCAGCAGGGUGAUUCUGGCGGCCCGCUGAUGUGUAAGCAGGACGGCUCUUGGUUCCAGGCGGUCGUGCUAACAGCUCCAAGCCCCUCUGCCAGGAGAAGACGACAAACUCCAGUUAUGACCUUCACCAGAGUGAGCUCCUUUGACUCCUUCCUGAUGGAGACGCUGGAGACACUCUUGUCUCCAGCCUCCAACACCACCAUCACUAACCCAACCAAUGUCUCCGUCACCACCACUGCCAGCAGUACCUACACCACCACCAUGGUCACCACCACAACUCGCUCGAAUAGUGUGUUCGACAGCAGCGAGGGUUGUCCUGCUCACUCCUUCAUCUUUGUCUUCUUCCAUCUCCUCAGCCUCGCCUUUUGUCUCCAACUCUGCCUUUAGAGAACUCAAACUUGAUUCACAUGAUGUGAUGGACACAGAUGAAUGUGAACAAGCUUUGACUUUGAGACUUUACAGGCUUAAAGCUUUGCCUGCUAAUCUUUGACUUCAUUCUUAACUGGUUAUCCAAGUGGUGAAGCUGUGGAGGAUCAAAUUGGACGUGAAAUUCUACUUGAUGAAUUAUCAUCACAAACAUCUGAACCACCUGGAGGAGGAGGAGGAUUGAGAGGUCGACUACAAAUCCCAGAGCGCACUGGAGUGUGUUAAGGUUCAAAAAUAUAGGGAAGGAAACACAGGAGGAAUGCAAGUAACCACACUGGUCCAAAGGGUAAAAUGAUUUUAAUGAAAAAACACGCGUGGGAGAGUGGGCUGACUCCGUAAGCAGAGAGCCCCACAAUCUCAUCCUCCUAACAUCAAACUACAGUUUUAUAUGCAUCAGAGUAUAUUUAGUGACGCCCCCUCAUUGCGUCAUCACAUACAUCAGCUUCAAAACCACAAAUGUUCUAUUUGACAACUUGAGACACAAUUAAAAGGACACUGGCUUCCAUCUUCUCCCCGGUGGUUUCCCGCAAGGCCGCUCAGCUCUCGCCUCGUGCACCUGCUUCUCCAUCAAACAGUCACGUACACACAGAAACUGCACCCUAGCCAAACAAUUUAAACUUUCACCUACAAGUGAACCUCUAACUAAGUGUGUGUGUGUGUGUGGUUACAUGUAUGUCUAUGUGCUAACCACAAUCACACCCCAUUUCACCUGCCGACUAUCUCCUGACCUCCCCCAGACCGAGAGACAGAAGCCGCUCUCGUGUAUGUAAUAACCGAACCGAAACUAUGUAUGUGUACUCUACUGAAUAAAUGUUUUAAUCAAGAACCUCUACUGAAAGCUUAAUCAAAAGAUAUAAAAGUAUAAAAAAUAAUAGCAUCAUCGAAACUGCCCCUCAGACUAACUUUCACUCAGACUCUAGUUUUGGUUUCAUUUCCUGCAAAGCAUGUAACUUCAAAAACAUGUAACUUCCUGUCUUAUUUUGGCACAGAGUUACUCUGCGUGGGGCCUUUUCUUUCACCAUGCCGUCUGCAUACCAACAUUUAAGAUUAUAAAUUCAACUCAACAGUUUAAAGUGGUUAUAACUGCACCUGUAAUAAAGACUGAUAUGAUACCAGUAUAUUUGAACAUUUGAAUGCAAUAUCACUAUGAAUAAUUAAUGUAAUGGUAAUACUGAUUAUAAAAAUAGCAACAAAUAAUAGCAGUAAAAUAUCUUUCUACUCUUCACAAGUGCUAACAUCCAAUAAAAGAGCCGAUGGUGAUAUUUUU